UGUUAUUCUUGCAUGCAAUUUAGUCUAUAACUUUAGUAUAGAGCAGCUCUUACAUACUUUCUGCUAAAUCAGUCAGUCCAUUCCGUGUAAUCCAAUUCACGUUUCUCAUAAGGAAAAUUGAGAUUGAUCGAUUUAUUUGGCUCUCUAUAUAACAAAUUGCAGCUUGAUUUCAAUAAAAAUGACCAAAAUCAGUUUAGUGGAUUCUGUCAAAGAACUUUCAUUCGUAGUGUUUUAUGGGAGCCAGACAGGUCAAGCGGAGGCUAUUGCGGAGUCCAUUGUCCAGGCGGCUCCGACUUAUGACUUUAAAACGCAAGCCUUUCCACUUAAUGAUAUUCGAGAUGUAAAAGAACUGACGCUGUUCAACUCUCCGAUAGUGAUAGUUUCAUCCACAACUGGAGACGGAGAACCACCUGAAAACGGGGACCGAUUUUGGAGAAAAAUUAGGAGAAAGGCACUCUUACCAGAUUCGCUGGUUACAGUUCAUUACACAGUAUUAGGCCUUGGAGAUACAAAUUAUAAUCAAUUUUGCAACUGCGGAAAAGAACUUAAUAAACGGUUCCAGGAGCUUGGAGCCACUGCUUUUUACCCUCCUGGCUGGGCGGAUGAUGCUGUUGGAUUAGAGUUGGUUGUGGAAGAUUGGAUUGAAGAUUUGUGGACCUCGCUUUCGAGACUUUUGAGGCCAGAAAGUGUUGACACUAUGAUGGCUACGAAAAACAAAGAAAGCGCCAGAGGAGGACUCCAACUCCCUGUUUGUCCCCCUGAAUCGUUACUCUUGGAAUUUGAUAAUAAUUUAAAAGUGAUGCCUGUGGAUUUGGAAGAUCCCAUUCAGCCGUACCCACUCAUUGAAGGGCUACCUGUCACUGCCCAAAUUUCAAAGGCAAGAUGUCUCACUCAGCCUGGAGCUGUCAAAACUGCGCUGGAGAUAACCUUAAAAUUCCAAUCACUGAAGUUUGACUUUGAACCUGGUGACGCCAUCAGUGUCGUGUGUCCCAACGAAGCUGAUGAAGUGGAUCGAUUAAUCAAAAGACUAAAUUUAUCUGAAGUUGCAGACAAAAUUGCAAUUCUGAGCGUGAAACAAGGUGCCAAAGGAAAGAUUCCGGUCUUUCUCCCCCCAGGAAUUUCUAUACGGCAAAUAUUCCUCUACUUUAGUGACAUUCGAACUCCGCCAAAAAAGAACUUUUUACGACUUCUGUCCGAGUUUACUAGCGUCGAAUCGGAAAAGAAUAAGCUGCUAGAGCUAUGCAGCAGACAAGGGGGGUCUUUAUUUGAAAGCACGAUCCGAUUUCCAGGACUUUCUUUGCUGGACAUUCUCCUGGAAUAUCCAUCUUGCAAUCCAUCGCCACAAGCCCUAAUUGAACAUCUACCGCGACUCAUUCCACGUGCCUAUUCGAUUUCUUCAUCACCUCUUCAAAACAAAGACUCCUUCACUUUUGUUUUUAAUGUGAUUACAUUCACAGAGGCGGAAGGGAGAAAGUAUUCCAGAGUUGGAGUUUGUACAGGCUGGCUCUAUAAACUUGUGCGGAAAAUGUUGAUUACUCAUACAAAUGAUGAUAAUGCUUCUGCCAUAAGUGACGAGGAAAGCUUGCUAAAUUCAGACUUUGCAAAAAUAUCUAUUCAAGGAGAGAGUAGAGAUGAUGCGAUGUCUGACCAGCAGAUUGUAAUUUAUCGACGUAAGAAUCAUAAUUUCAGGCUUCCGACUGAUUUGUCAAGUCCAAUGAUAUUAGUGGGCCCAGGAACUGGAAUUGCUCCUUUCGUUGGAUUUGCACAACAUAGAAACGAGCAAAAAAAGAUGGGCCACAAUGAAGUGGGAGAGAUGUUUGUCUACUUUGGUUGUCGACAUCAAGCUUUGGAUUACCUUUAUGCAAAUGAACUUGACACCUUAGUCAAAGAAAAUGCCAUAACUGGAUUGUAUACUUCAUUUUCCCGUGAUUCUGAUGAUCAAAAAUAUAAAUAUGUUCAGCAUAACAUGGAAAAGAACAAGGCAGAAGUAGUCAGCAUACUAUUUGAGAAAAACGGCUAUCUGUACGUUUGUGGAGAUGCGAAGAAUAUGGCAAAAAAUGUUAGAGAAGUGUUGACACAGUGUGUCCAAUCAAUUAAAGGUGUGUCUGAGGAGGAAGCAAAGACAUUGGUGACCGAGUUAGUUUCUCAGAAAAGAUAUCUUCAAGAUGUGUGGAGCUAAUUUUUUCACAUUUUUUGUGGUGAAGGUCCACCCUGAAUAAAGACUAAGAUUUCAAAUGAG